AUGCUGAGGCAAUCUCCAUUAAGCGCAUCUUGCUUAAAGUGGUGUUCAUGGAUUGCUCUCGGUCUAUGUAGCUUUCCUCCGUCUUCGACGCGCUGCGCUCUUGUUGCUUCACGGGCUCCUAGUGCAAAACGGUUGGUGAGUUUGAAGGCUGAGACUUACACGCCACUACGGCGAUGGAGUGUUUGUGCGUGCGUCCCUUCGUUUUUUGUGUUCGCCGCCCUUUUUUCCCUCGCGGAUAGUGUUGCAGAAGGCACCAUUUCUGUAGGUGUAUGUGCUACGCCACCAUUGUACACCUGCUCGAGUGGUGUUUCGUCGGCAUUCACGAGUCGCAGCUGGAAAACCCGGGCAGCUUCAUCACUUUCGAGCGGUUCAGUACACUGCGAGGACAUCCUGUCCUCCGUUUUUCCGGGACUCCCAUUAUUUCUGAAUUCAAGGUACCGAACGUUCACGCCGCCACGGCAGCUCCGACGACAGCAUCGCCUCUUUCGUCCGCUAUUUGUUACAGUGCCAAAGCGGAGCGAGGCGAAACGUACGAAAGACCCAAGGGCUGUUCGACGUUUACACGCCUUCAUAGAUCGUACUUCCCCGGCCUUCUCUCAAGGAAACGCUGGACCUGGCUUCGUGAAACCUGUGCCCUGUCUGAGCGUCAAGCCUGUCGCCUUGCAGAAACCGCGCGGACACUGCACAUCAAAACCACGUACCCGGGCCGCCUCUGUGGAUUGCCCGUCCAUACUCGACUGGAAGGACGAGUUCCCGUUUCAGGCAGGCAAUGCAAAGAAAGAAGGUUCCUGCGAUGGAGGAACGAGACAGGAUGAAAUAAUUUACUUCGACAGCGCGGCAACCUCGCAGAAACCACGACGUGUGCUCGAAGCCAUUGAGGAAGCGUAUGUACACCUUAACGCCAAUGUCCAUCGAGCAACGUAUGCGAGAAGCGCGGCAGCCACUGAACGGAUGGAGGGUGUUCGGGCUCAGCUGGCAAGAUUUCUCAACGCAGACAGACCAGAGGAGAUUAUCUUCACAUCCGGGGCUACAGACGCUGUUAACCUCGUUGCAAACACGUGGGGUGAAGCCAACAUCGGCGAAGGCGACGAGAUCCUCCUCACGGUUGCCGAACACCACAGCAACCUGGUCCCUUGGCAGCUGCUGUCGACGAGAAAGAAAGCUCGACUGAAAUUCGUCGAGCUCGAACGAGACUAUACGCUUUCCCUUUCUUCGCUGGUGGCAAAUCUGUCACCUCGCACGAAGCUCGUCGCAUUGGCGCAUACGUCCAACGUUCUGGGAUCAUUCAAUCCGUACGUUCACCUUGUCCCUGAGCUGAUCAAGCGGUUCAACUCCAACAUAGCUGUCCUCGUCGACGCCACGCAAGCGCUCGCGCACCAUCAAAUCGACGUCCAUAAACUGAAGUGCGAUUUCCUUGUUGGCAGCGGCCAUAAGAUGUAUGGGCCGACGGGUGUCGGAUUUUUGUAUGGCAAGUAUGAAUUGCUCCGGAAUAUGCCCCCAUGGAAGGGCGGAGGCGAGAUGAUUGAGUUCGUAGACUUGCGCGAGUCCACCUACGCAGAGCCGCCAGCCCGGUUCGAGGCCGGAACUCCUCCCUUCCUGCAGGUGGUUGGCCUAGGUGCAGCUGUAGAUUUCAUCGAGGAAGUCGGCUGGCAGGCGAUUUCUUCGCAUGAGUCUCGAUUACAACGUGCGCUGCACGAGGUCUUGGUCUCCAGAUUCCCCGAGCUCCGCCUCUUUUGUCCUCAACCGGCAGGCAGCCCAUAUCUCCCGGAAUCGCUCUCAAAUUCGUUUGAUUUUUCCGUGCUUAAACGGCACCGCAAGAUGCAUUUGGAACAAUCGGACGAUCGAUCCACAACUACAGAAAAUGGUGUACUGCGACCAACGGGGGCUUGGGCCAUUGACGGAGAAAGAAAUGAGGGCUUGAAUUCUGACAUUCAACACGUGCAAAGAGUUCCGCUUAUCUCGUUCGCCCAUCCGCGAUUCCAUGCACACGAUGUAGCGAUGUUUUUAGAUGUGUGCGGAGGAGUAUGCGUGCGCUCCGGACAUCAUUGCUGUCAGCCGCUUCAUCGCCACGUGCUGUCGGUGCCCUCGACCUGUCGAGCCAGUCUUGCACUUUAUAACACAGAACACGAGAUUGACAGAUUUGGCGAAGUGCUAGAGACGGUGUUCGAGACGCUCGCACGGCAGGUCAGCCAGCCCUUGACGUGGACAGACAAGGAAAAUUACCAAGCAUCUAGCUCGCCACACUGA